CUCAGUCGUCACAGCUUCAGCGUCGAAUCACAAGCUUCAUCAAGCAAAGUGAGAUAGGUGCCUGCCGAGAAGACACUCUUCUGCAUUGUACGAGGCUGCCGCAGUAAGUCAGUGACGUGGUAAGGAUGAUUCAGCUACAACAUGUCUCCCCAAGCAAGGAUAUGUAUAUAUACCUUUCAAUUUCGCCAGCAUUUGUGUCGCAAUUCAUCUCGAGCUUUUCACUGUUCAAGUCAUAACAAUACAGCCAAUCUUCCCGCACAGUAAAAUCACACAUCCGCCAUGCCAGGAAUCACGGUUUCGCCCAUCACUCCGUCUCGACCCGGGCUCGGGGCACUCAUCGACAACGUGGACUUGGAGAAUCUCUCGGAUGCCGAUUUCGAGGCCCUCCGCCACGCCCUCUACACCCACAAUGUCGUCUGCGUCAAGUCGCAGGCGCAUCUCACCCCCAAGGGCCAGGCGGAACUGACGCGCCGCUUCGACCCGGAGGCCAUGUCGUAUGGCCACGGCAAGACCAUUGACGCCAAGCGGUCGAUCCUGCAUCCCGACCUCAAAACCGUGCCUCACCAGCCCGAGGUCCAGGUCAUCGGCAACGGUUUUGUGCCCGAGUACGAAGGGCUCGAGAACAUCACCCUGAAGCACCCGCACCAUCGCACGUUCCACACGACCGUCAUCCCGGAGGACAAGGACCUGGAUUUCACGCGCUUCUACCGCUGGCACAUCGACGCCGCCCUGUACGGGGGCCUGCAACCACCGCUCGUGACGUCGCUGCUCGCCGUCAAGGUCCCCAAGGGCCGGACCCAAACCCUUCUCUACGACGACGGCAGCAACGACACCCUCCAGGUCCCGCUCGGCACCACCGCCUUCGUGUCCGGGUAUACCAUGUUUGAUAACCUCAGCGCCGAGCAAAAGGAGUUCGUGCUCACCUCCAAAGUCGAAUACGCCCCACACCCCUACGUCUGGAUCUCGACUGCCAAAUCGCGGCCGGACGGGCUGGGCAUGGUCUCCGAGGGAAAGGAAGUGCCCGUCGACGAACUGCCGCCGGUCGAAAAGGCCACCGACGUGCAGAUCCAGCCGAUGGCGUGGCAGAACCCCGUGACGGGCCGGUUCGCCCUACAGAUCCACCCGUCCGUCGUGCGCAAAAUCCACCUGCGCGACGGCACCGUCAUCGACGACCUGGCCAAGGUGAGGGAGAUGGUGCACGACCUGCAGCGGCCCGGGAUCGCGCCGCCGCUGGUGUACGCGCACGACUGGGAGGAGGGCGACUGCGUGCUGUUCAACAACCACGGCGUCUUGCACAGCGUGGUGGGCGCCUUCGACAAGGACGAGGUGAGGUUGUUCCGCCAGUGCAAUCUGGCCGCGAGUCGGCCGCCGCUCGCGCCGGAGGUGCAGGCGUAGUCAAGUUACAUGUCAGUAUGGGGCUGCAUGUAUGAUCAGACGGAGGAAAUAGAAAAGACGGACAGAUAGCUGGUUUGUGGUCACUUUAGCGUGUUUAGAAAGAUGGUUUCAAUCAAGACGGCUAUUUUGCCUAGUGAUAC